GUCUUGUACUCGUGGUCGUGGAGUGUGACAAUUUGUCGCCUUUACCUAUUCGAUUAUUUGACUAUUCAAAAUAGUUUCAACAUAUUCCUGCAGUAUUCAACUUCUUCUCAACACUCAAAACAAUGCCAGUUCCGUCUCUCCAAAAACCUGCCCCGACUUUCAAGGGAACUGCCGUAGUUGAUGGCAUGUUCAAGGAAAUCUCCCUAGAGGACUACAAAGGUCAAUAUGUUGUGAUCUUCUUCUACCCCUUGGACUUCACAUUUGUGUGUCCCACUGAAAUAAUCGCCUUCUCCGACCGGUUUGAGGAAUUCAAGAAAAUCAACACAGCUGUGAUCGCUUGCUCCACCGAUAGCCAUUUCUCGCACUUAGCAUGGAUCAAUACUACUCGUAAACAGGGAGGAAUUGGGCAGAUGGCUAUUCCUGUCUUGUCUGAUAAAUCGAUGGCCAUUUCUAAGGCUUACGGAGUUUUGGAUGAAGACUCUGGUGUUCCAUUCAGAGGCUUAUUCAUCAUUGAUGGCAAAGGUAUAUUGAGGCAGAUCACCAUAAACGAUCUUCCAGUAGGUCGCUCUGUGGACGAGACUCUUCGUCUUGUUCAAGCUUUCCAAUUCACUGAUGAGCAUGGUGAAGUUUGUCCAGCUGGUUGGAAACCAGGCCAGAAAACCAUGAAACCAGAUCCAAAGGAGAGUCUGGCCUACUUCUCAGCAGCAAACUAAAUACGCCACGUUUGAUUGUUAAUACCUUAUUAUUAUUAUUAACUCCUUCUCCUCCUCCAUUUACCUUAAGUUUCACAUAAGCAAUACCUAAUCAGUUUUAUGGAUCCGCCAAUAGUGUGUAAGUAAUUAUUGUAUUUUUAAGAUUUCACUUCAUAUUAACCUUGUGUCACUAAAGCUAAAUAGUUGCUGAAACAUUUGGAAAAUUGAACUAUACACUUGGCCUUCAUUGGUGGUGUCUACUAAUGUGACAAUAUUUUUUGUAUUUCUACAAUUCAUAAAGAUGUGAUAUUCCUGUCCUUGAACUAUGUUUGAAAGAAGUAUUUGUUUGCAAAUGAUAAUUUAUGGUAUUACUAAUUGUAGUUGUGAAUCAAAGUAUUUUGUGAAGAUUCCUAAUAAAUGUAUUUGAAUAUU